CCAUUUUGGUUUGGCCCUGGCGGCGAGAGCGGGGCGGGGGCGCCAUGUACACGGAGGUGGAGGAGUGCUUGGGCCAUGACCCGCCCGAGCUGUUGCAGGUGGGCGAGGGCAUGCGGCGGCUCGACUUCCUGGCCAGCGACGUGCUCCUGCGCCCCGAGUGGGUGCUGAUCGGAGCGGCACUCGUCUUGCAGUACCAUGCCAUGAUCUUCUGGAAAGGGUGCUCCCUGUGUGGCAAGUACGGGGGCCGCAGCGGCAGCACCUGGCUCCGCACCGUGGGGCGGCAGCUGAUGAUCCUCCAGUUCUACUUCUGCAGGUCGCCCUGGGUCGCGCUCCCGCGCGAGAACCCGGUCCGAUGGAGCAUGGGGGUCGUGAUCUGCGACGUGUACUUCAUGGAAUGGUGCGCGCACGCCCUCAGGUGGCUGCAGGGCGGUGCCAGCAGCUUCUGGCAGGAGAUGGACUACAACAAGGUCGCCAGGCAGAAGGUGAUCAGGAGCGCCUACAUGGACUUCUCCCAGUCGCUGGCGGACAUCUCGCUGCUGGUCUUCUGCCAGGUUUUCUCAGCAUCCACGACGUCCUCCGCCGCCCGAGCGACACCAAUUCGUUGCCUCUUGACACCCGCGUCUCGGCGGGCCGCUGCUGCCGCGCCGGCCCGGCGCCGUUCCAUGCAGGGCCCCGGGCCCGCUCCGCCCCUCAAAGGGGGCCGGGGCGGCCUGCCCGAGGGCCUCAAGCAGUGGCGAAGCGUCCUGCUGCCCGCCCUGGGCGGGGCGGCCAAAGAUCGGGACCCUCCCGGGCGUGGAAAGAGCUCAAUCACUACAGGGAGCACGGCGGUCGCGUCUAUGACCACCCAGUUCGUCAUGGAAGGCCUCGAGCGCCCCGCGCCGCAGGAGCCGACCGCCCCGCGCGCCGAGCGCGCCGCGCGGUCCCCGGGCAUCUGGGCCUGGGUCGACUCGGGGCCCGACCUGGCCCUCGAUGAUGGGAAGACCGUUGAAGUUCUUCUCGGCGGCUUCUCCCCCGUGGUGCCCGCGCUUGGCCUGGGGCUGCAGCAGGCCCUCAGCCACUGUGACACAGGCGGGUGCUCCGCCCCGCGGGGCGCGCCGCUGUGGCUGCCCCACGUGUGUCCGAGGUGCCUGCCGCUUCUGCUGCGCGGCGGCGCCGACCCCGGCCGCGUGCUGUCGCUGCACCUCGGCGACGGAGGCCGCGGGCGCCUACCGCCGCCGCCGCUGCCCGCCCUGCCCUCGCUGCAGGAGCUGCAGAUCGUGGGCAUCGCUGCCCUCGCCAGCCCGCUGGCCCUCGCCGCGCUGGACGGCGCGGCCCUGAGGCGCCUGGCGCUCGCGCAGCUGGAGGCCGAGGCGCGCUGGCCGCAGCGGUGGUGUCCGGGUGCCUGCGGCAAGCCCGCGGCCGUGCCAGCAGAGGCACCGCGUGGAUCGGGCUUCGGGUUCGAGGGCCGAGAGGCUCGAUCCGCAGAAGGCCGCUUCACGCAGCUGCGGGCCCCUGAGGCGCGCGAGGCGCCGCCCCCAGCGCCGCUCCGGCGCGGCCGCCGGGGCGCCGCCACCAUGGGGAGCGCCUGCGAGCGCGCGGGCGUCGAGGGCGCGCCGGCCGGGCCCGCGGCGGAGGCGCCGGCGCAGCGGGCGGAGCGGCUGAGGCAGCAGCACCAGGAGCUGAAAGACAGGUACCGCACCCUGGAGCGGGACGUGCACGCGCGGGUGGAGCAGAACCGGGAGCUGAAGCAGGACACCGAGGACAUCCAGAGCUCCAAGCUGCGGGCGGCCGAGGAGCGCGCCCGCGCCGCCGAGGAGGCGCGGCGCGGGGCCGAGGAGGCCGCGGCGCAGCGCGAGGAGCAGCUGGAACUGCUGCGCUCCGAGCUGGCCGAGCUGCAGGAGGAGGUGGGGCCCGCGGAGGCGCUGGCGGGCAGGCUCGCCGAGCUGCAGCACGAGCGCGAGGAGGCCGCCCGCGCGCAGGCCGAGCAGGAGGCGGGGCGGGUGCGGGCCGAGCAGCGCAUGCUCGCCGAGGAGCACGCGGAGCUGGGGCGGGCGCUGGAGGAGCGCCGGGCGCGGCUGGGGCAGGCCGAGGAGAUUGUGGAGAGGCUGCGGCAAAGCAAGGGCCAGACGCUCGACAGGCUCUCGGCCGGGCGCUCUAGCCCAGGCUCUCAGCAGUGGGGCUUGGAUUGCAGCGUCCUGUCAGAGGCCCCGAGCGCGCUCUCCCUGGAGAUCGCGGAGCUGCGAGCCGAGAACGCGGCGUUGAAGGUGCGGCGCCUGGACAUGGAGGAACUGGCGGAGCAGAUGGUCGUCCGCGCGGAGCAGGCCGCCCAGAAGUUCGAGACCGCGGGCAGGGCGCUUUCUGGCGGCACCUCGCUCGCCGGGUCGCUGCGCGUCGUGGACGCGGAGCCCCUCGACUGCGGCGCGCGCCCCGCCGCGCCCGCCGCCCUCGACGCGGAGGCCGCGUGGGCGCAGGGCGCGGAGGCCGCCGCCGCGGCCGCGGCCGCGCGAGCAGGCCUCUGGCCCUCCGCUCUGCACGCGCCAGCGAGGGAGUCCGCGCCUGACGGGCGGCUGGUGGCCACGGCGGCGGAGACGGCGCCCGCGCCCGCGCCGCUGCGGCGGCUUGUCGCCACGCCGCCAGCCACGGAGGCGCGGGCUGCUGCAGGCGUCAGGCCGGUGACCAUCGCCACGCUGCCGGCGGCGCCGCCGAGCCGCGGCGGGGCCCUGCCCGCUGCCGCCGCCUCGCCGGAGCAGCGGCCCAGGUCGCCCUGGGCCGCAGGCGUCGGUGUGCCGCAGGGGCCGGGCGGCGCCGCGGCCGCCAGCACCUCCGCGGCCUGGCCCGCCGCGGCGGCGGCGGCUGCCGCGCUCUCGCCGCGCCCCGCUCUCGCGGCGGCUGCGGCGCCUUGCGGCGCCGGGCCGUCGGCGCCCGUGCCCGUCGCGGCGGCGGCGCGGCGCGGCCUGAGCCCGGGCGCCCGGAGGCCAGCGGCGGGCGCCGCAGCCGACGGGCGCGAGCCGCAGGCGGCGGCGGCGCAGCCUCGGCUGUGGGGCCUUGCGGCUGCGAGGCAGCAGGCGGCCGCGGCGGGCCUCGCCGCGCCGCAGCCGCUGCAGCGGCCCGCGGCCGCGGCAGCGGCGGCGGCGCCCACGCAGCGGGAGCGCCAGCUUCGGGGGGGCGCGCCCCCGCUGCGGCUCGCGCCGGCGUCCCCGGCGCGCCGGCCCCCGCCGGGGAAGGCGCUCCGCCAGGGCGGCGCGGGCGGCGCGGGCGGCGAGCUCGAGGCGCUGGUGCUGCAGGCCCGGGUCAGCUAUAAUGCUGGGAUCAGCGCGUGCGAGAAGGGCGAGCAGUGGCACCGGGCCCUGGCGCUGCUGAGCGAGAUGCGGGAGGCGAAGCUGGAGCUAGACGUCAUCAGCUAUAAUGCUGGGAUCAGCGCGUGCGAGAAGGGCGAGCAGUGGCAGCGGGCCCUGGCGCUGCUGAGCGAGAUGCGGGAGGCGAAGCUGGAGCCCAACGUCAUCAGCUAUAAUGCUGGGAUCAGCGCGUGCAAGAAGGGCGAGCAAUGGCAGCGGGCCCUGGCGCUGCUGAGCGAGAUGCGCGAGACGAAGCUGGAGCCCAACGUCAUCAGCUAUAAUGCUGGGAUCAGCGCGUGCGAGAAGGGCGAGCAGUGGCAGCGGGCCCUGGCGCUGCUGAGCGAGAUGCGGGAGGCGAAGCUGGAGCUAGACGUCAUCAGCUAUAGUGCUGGGAUCAGCGCGUGCGAGAAGGGCGGCGAGCAGUGGCAGCGGGCCUUGGCGCUGCUGAGCGAGAUGUGGGAGGCGAAGCUGGAGCCCAACGUCAUCAGCUAUAGUGCUGGGAUCAGCGCGUGCGCGAAAGGCGAGCAGUGGCAGCGGGCCCUGGCGCUGCUGAGCGAGAUGCGGGAGGCGAAGCUGGAGCCCAACGUCAUCAGCUGUAGUGCUGGGAUCAGCGUGUGCGAGAAAGGCAAGAAGUGGCAGCGGGCCCUGGCGCUGCUGGGCAAGAUGCAGGAUGCAAAGUUACGGCCCAACACCAUCGGGGACAGCGAUGAGACCAGCGCUUGCGAGAGUGGCGAGCUGUGGCAGCGGGCUUCGGUACAGCUGAAUGAGAUGCGUGCGACUACGCUUGAGCCGAGCGUCAUCACUGAGACACGCUCGAAGGGCAAAGUAAAACCCGAAGAGGCUGAUCUGACAUUACAAGCGAGCGCUGGAAACACAGAUGAUACAGCUAGGUGUAUCGGACAGGCUCGCAAUCGUGUGUGCUCCACAGGAAUCCGCGUUCUCAAGCGUCGUAACGGAAGCAAGCGUACUUAUAGCACCAAUCAUGUACGACGUGGCAUUGUAGUUACCACAGCUGAGGUUGCUGUCUCGCAGCAGUGGAUUCGCAAAUGAUCCCCUGGCAACAUCGAGGAUGCGGCGGGCGUUGGCGCUGUGGGUGGCCUGACCUUCUUCACCGAUGUCGUGAAGUCUCACGUUGACGAAAGCGGCACCCUCACCAGGACAGAUUUUCGCGAAGUGAAGCCGGGCGUCUCUACUGACCACAUGAAGCAGGCUAUGGGCGCGCUGUUCUUUAUCAGUUGGGCCGUCCGAGAGCGCCCACCACCGGUUCCGACGAAGCUCUUCCUUGAUUUGCCAGAAGAUAUACAUGAAGAGGUACGUCGCUGCUUUGAGACACUGGGUGUUGAGAUUUGCGUAUGGCCAGAUAUGCCGACAUCAGCGGCAGCAUCUGCACCUGCGGAGCCCCGGGGCAAGGAGGGCGAGCAGUGACAGCGGGCUUUAGCACUGUUCAGCAAGAUGUAAGAAUCGAGCCAGUAGGCGGUCGCCAAAAUUUCAGAUUCGCCGUGUUAGCCUGCCGCAUCGCUUGAGCAGUUGCUUUGUGUGUUCGCACGAGAUAGACACAACUCUGGCAUGAGCGCUUUCGAGAAGGGCGAGCUGUGGCAACGGACUCUGGUGAUGCUCAGCGAGAUGCGGGAGGUGAAGCUGGAGCUAAACGCCAUCAGCUACAGCGGUGGGAUCAGCGCGUGCGAGAAGGGCGAACAGUGGUAGCGGGCCCUGGCGCUGCUGAGCGGGAUGUAGGAAGCGAAGCUGGAGCCCAAAGAUGUCGUGGACGGAGUCCAUGGGUCAGCCCUAGUCAGCUACAGCGCUGGGAUCAGCGCGUGCGAGAAGGGCGGGCAGUGGCAGCCUGCACUGGCGCUGCUGAGCGAGAUGUGGGAGGCGAAGCUGGAGCCCGACGACAUCACCAGCCAGCUCCAGGACAUGCUCAACGACAUCAAUCUAUCCUACAAUGCAGCGUUCACCGCUGCUUAGAAUGGCGAGCAGUGGCAGCGAACCGGCCCCCUCCGGGCCGCUCCCAGUGGGCGCUUCGGGCUGCCCCGGGCGGCCCUCGGGGCCGCCGCCGAGCCUUCCGAGCGGCCCCGAGCGCGCAGCGGACGGUCUAAGACUGCCCCAGAUCGAGGCGGCACGCCCCGCGGACGGCUCCAGGACGGCCCCCGACGCUCCCAGGCCGCCCCCUGAGGC